CGAAAGGAGCAGCUCGGCGCCGGCAGCGAGGCUGCACGUCGGGCGCGGCUGUGGAGAAGCACGUCGGUGCCGGCUGUGUAUGGCCAUGUCGAUCUCGUCACGUCGUCGAGCUCGCAGCACACGUUGCCUCGCAGCGCAUGCCGCCCAUCUCUCGCAGCCUCGGUCUGCCGUGCCAGUACUGAUUCGUUCCUUCCCCUCCCCGCUCUGUACCGUGGCUGACUCGUUGUGGCUGACCUGUUUGCGGCAGCCGGUCUCUGCGCUCGCCGUCGACGCAUCCGGCGCACGCGUCGCGACGGGCAGCCUCGACUACGACGUCAAGCUGUGGGACUUUGGCGGCAUGACGGCGUCUCUGCGGCCGUUCAAGUCGUUUGAGCCGGCGGGCACGUACUGGGUGCACGACGUGGCGUGGAGCGCCUCGGGCGAGCAGCUGCUCGUCGCCAGCGGCACGGCGCAGGCCAAGCUCUUCGACCGCGACGGCGCCGAGCUGGCGACGUUCCGCAAGGGCGAUCCGUACAUCCGCGACAUGAACAACACGAACGGCCACGUGGCAGAACUCACGGCCUGCGCGUGGCACCCGACGCAGCCCGACACGUUUCUCACCGCCAGCGCCGACAGCUCGGUGCGCUUCUGGCACGCGGAAGAGAAGCAGAAGCAGGCGCGCGUCAUUGUGGUGCGCAGCAAGGAGCGAGGCACGCGCACCAAGGUGACGGCAAUGGGCGUGUCUCACGACGGACGCACGCUGGGCGCCGCGUGUCUCGACGGCGCGCUGCAUCUGUGGAGCACGAGCAGCAGUCUUGCGCGGCCCAGCAGCAGCAUCGAGGGCGCGCACGAACGCAACACCGAGACGUCGGCGAUUGCCUUUUCGCGCGACGGCCGCACCAUCGCGACGCGCGGCGGCGACGACUCGGUCAAGCUGUGGGACGCGCGCAGCUUCAAGAAGCCCCUCGCCGUGCGCACUGGCCUGCGCAACGAGUACGCGCAGACGAGCCUCAUCUUCAGUCUCGACGAGCGGACACUGCUGACUGGCACGUCUGCGGAGCGUUCCACGGAGCGCGCUGCCGUCGAGGCGGCGGCCGAGCGCGGCGAGGCGCCGCCGCUGCUCUCCUCGGGCGCCAUCGAGGUGCUGUCGCGCGACGAUCUGGCGCCGCUGCGGCGCAUCCCCAUCGGCGGCGGCGAGGCGACGUCCGUCGUGCGUCUCGUCUACGCGCCCAAGAUCAACCAGCUCUUCGCCUCGACGUCGCUCGGCUCCGUGUGCGUCUUUUUCGACGCGCACAAGUCGAGCCGCGGCGCGCUGCUGGCCGUGGCGAAGCGCGCCAAGGUGCGCCCGACGUUCGAGGGCUUUGGCGAGAUGCCCGUCAUCACGCCGGGCGCGGAGAAUGCGGCGGACAGAGGCAUGGGCAUGAGCCAGGCGGCAAAGAAGCGCCGCAUGGAAAAGAUGCGCGCCGACCCGCACGCCAGCCGCAUGCCCGAACGCCCGAUGAGCGGGCCCGGCAAGGGCGGCCGCAUUGGCGCGGCGGCGACGCAGCACGUCGUGCAGAACAUCUACCGCGGCAACACGCGCGACGAAGAUCCUCGCGAGGCGCUGCUCAAGUACGCCGACAAGGCGACGUCCGAUCCUAAAUGGACCACCGCGUGGGCCAAGAACCAGCCCAAGCCCGUGUUUGCGGCGCACGCCGACGAGGGCGAGGCGGAGGGCGAGGGCGACAAGUAAAGGACCCGACGUUUCCUGGCGACGGCGGUGCCGACGGCAUGGCCCGAGCAGAGCAACAAUCGACGAUACCAGCAUCAGAAGGAGUGGUGAAUUCGUGCGACGAAGAGAGGGUAUCAGACAUGAGGCGAGGCGAGGUUAGAGAGGGGAGGGGCGAUGGGGGGAACGUGGAGAGAAGAGGGAG